UCCGGAGCCAUGGCUGAAGCUGACAUCAAACCAAAAUCUAUGCAUCAUGCCAAAAAAUGGUCAGAUGAUGUAGAGAACUUAUACAGAUUUCAGCAAGCUGGAUACAGAGAUGAGGUUGAAUAUAAACAAGUAAAACAAGUUGAUAUGGUAGAGUGUUGGCCAGAAACUGGAUUUGUUAAGAAGCUUCAGAGGAGGGACAAUACGUUCUAUUAUUAUGAUAAGCAAAGAGAAUGCAAAGACAAAGAAGUCCAUAAAGUGAAAGUUUAUGUGUAUUAG